AUGAAGGGUAGCGACAGCUUGCGACGGGCUAACCGUCCCGCUGCCAAUUUCGACCUGCCACCAGCAGCUUUGGCCCAGGCGCAACAGCAGGCUCAGGUUCAGGUUCAGGCUCAGGGUUUUCGGUCUCAAUCUCAAUCUCAAUCUCAAUCUCAACCUCAAGAGUCCAUCACAAACACCGUAACUUCAACAAGUCCAGAGAUCACCAACGCAUCUCUUCACGGCCAAGCUCAAGCAAAGGCCCAGGCUCUUACAACCGCCAAGUUCCGUUCCUCUUCGAGACCCAGUCUUCAGGACCUGGCCCUUGUCGACGGGACUUCAACUUCAAACAACCACGACCUACCUCCAGCCUAUGCCCUGUCGUCCUCCUCCUCCUCGACGGGGCCAUCGUCUUUUUCUUAUCCUCCCGCGCAUGCGCAUCCGCGCCCAUCGACUGCUAACACUGCUGCAACAACGCACACUCAAUCUCGACCCCGGCCCCUGGGUCCAUCCUCCUCCGACAUAGCGACCGCCGAGCAGGCACAGUUCCUCCGCAUCCACCCUGUCUCAUCUGCUUCGAGCUUACGUCCAAGGGCUUCCACCACUAGCGCCAGUGCUGCUGUUGUUUCUGCUUCUACGUCUCCAUCGCAUACACCUAAUUCUCUCCUUCGACAACACACCUUGCCGCCGUCUGCUGUCGACAACAACUCUGCCCACUUUGUUCCUCGAGGCGGGUUGCCCCCCGCGCCGUCCAUCAUGUAUCAGGCAAACCAGAGACAUGUCUCGGGCACCGAUCCCACGAGACCCUACCAGGUCCCUCCGCCGCCGCCGCCCCCAAUGGGAGGUCCAAAUACCGGCCAUAUGCCUAACAUGAUGAACCUGCCUCCGCCGCCGCCGCUUCCAAGAUAUAAUACCGCCCCGGGAUCAAACGGCGUCUCGCUCCCCCCACCUCCCGGUCCGCCUCCGGCGAGUGCCCUCGGCCAGCAACCUCCGUGGCACGGUGCUUUUGGGCGCAUGUACGACAGCCGGUCAGGAUUCAACAUCCCCCCGCCGCCGCCCAGCAGCCAGCACCAGCCGUACAACCCAAAGUUACACGCCCAGAUCGCCGCAGGGCAAACAGUCUCUAUCCCUCCACCUCCCCCGCCGAAUGAGGCCAUGAGUGCGACCUACAUACCGCAGGGCGACACGUACGGAGAGGGAGUUGGUAUCCCCGCCUUUGGACUGGAAGACCCAACCCUGACUGUCAACUCGCAGACACUACGGCCAGUGACAACACCGCAAAGCGGAACUGACACAAAUGCCACAACUCCCAUGGACGAGGCUACGAGAGAACGUCUCUAUACUGCCAAUAACGCCCAGCCGCGCGGUACCUCCAAUUCCUCAAACCCCACCCCUCCCGGCUCGAUCCCUCCAGAAAUCGCUGCUCAGUGGCCCCUCGACAAAGUGCUGCUUUGGUUGGCCCAGAAUCAGUUCUCCAAAGAUUGGCAGGAAACUUUCAAGGCCCUCAAUCUUCACGGAGCUCAAUUUCUUGAGCUCGGCAGUGGCCACGGCGGACGUGGUAACUUUGGUAUGAUGCAUCAACAGGUGUAUCCCAGGCUUGCACAGGAGUGUACCAAUAGUCGAACUGGCUGGGAUCAACCACGAGAGCGAGAGGAAGGAAAGCGAAUGCGAAGGCUAAUCCGAAGUAUUGUGACCGGUCGACCCGCUGAUGUGUCUAAAGUUUCAACGGCUCACGGCCGGAAAGAAUCGCUCAACGGCGGGCAUGGGAAUAACCUACCAAGCGCUGGAACUGAUCCCAUGGACUCGCCUAAUACACCCCUUACUGCCCCUGGUCCUGGCUUCAGCAGUCGUAGAUUCUCUCAAACAAGGUCCACCACACUGCCAAACAGCAUCAGCGCAUCCAACGUUAGUUCCGAGUCUAACCACCGCAAUAUCCUCAAGCAUGUUGAUACGGAUGGAGCACGCCGCCAUAGUCCCAACGUCAGUGAGUCUAGUGAGGCCACAUUCCGAGCCCCCGCUGUCCACUCAGCAAGCCCUACUGGCAGCCCAGGCAUCCCUCCAGCGAUGUAUACUACUACGCCCACUAUCGCUCAGUCUCCUAGCGCAAUCAAAGCUGGCCAUCGUUCUAGAAGUAGUCUGGAUUCAGUAGCCUCCAACGCAGCCAUUUAUGGAUCAGGUGUACCAUCGGAUGCCGCCUCGUUACUCAAUCGAAAUAUGAACCUCGGAGACAUUGUCCAUGGCCGCAACCACGAUGCGCGAUCACGGCACUCUCCAUCUGAUGGAGGUGAUAGAUCAGCAGGCGGAGAGACUCCCUCUUCAGCUAAAGACUCCAAGAGCUUCUUAAGUUUCCUGUCUAGGAAAAAGAGGCAAACAAAAGAUGACGGUGCAUACCCGUCUCCUGAAGAGAUGGAAGCUUCUCCGACGUCUCCACACGGAUCUAUCCGACCUAUUGUGGGUUUGGGUGUCCGAGGAAGCAAUGGCAGCGAUACCAAUCUUGACCUCUCUGGCUCGACAUUAGGCGACGACAGGAACGGCAAUACUCUGAACAUGCGAUCAAAGAAAAUUAGUCCCGUACGGACCUAUGUCCUCGCCACGAUGGACUACUGGAACUAUCGAAUGUGUGACAUCACUGAAGCAGAGACCGCAACAGAAGUUCGCCAAGUAAUAUGCAUGCACCUGGGCUUGGGUGACUACGAAAACUCACACAUCUACCUCACUGAAGCGGGCAAAUUCGAACACAUGGAUCCUCUGGAUGACCCGAGCCUGGUGACCGUGCGGCGAGCGAAGGGCGAUCCUCUUGGGACACUCAAGUUCUUUGUGACACCUCCAGGGGUUGCUCCCAUAUCUAGCCUCUCUAUCAAGGCUGACGUCCCCGUAAUCGUAUCUCCUGGUUACCUUUCACCCAAAAUGACCGUUGACGAUGCUCAACAGAGUAGCAGACAGCGGUCUAGCUCAUCGCCUCCGACAUCGUGGUCCAACACAUUGAUAGAUGAAAAGAAUGAGGACAAGGUGGCGCGAGAGGCAAAACAAUACAGAGCUGAAAUGGAAAGAAAACAGCAAGAGUAUCUAGCCAAGAGGAAGCAGGCAGCAAUGAAGGGUAGUCCUUCAGAGACACUCGGACCUGGCAUCGUGGGUCGAAAUGUUGAUUUCGAUCAACCUCGCGAGUCGCCGUAUGAGGACAAGCGACCCGAACCACUCUUCCCCCAAAGACGACCUCCGGCACCACCCACUGACCCCUCGGCGACAUUAAUCAAGGCCAACUCACUGAGCCGAAAGACUGGAGCAAGCAUGCGAACAUCCAGCAGUAGUCUGGAGGGUUAUCCGUCAAAACGAUAUCCGGAGAACGAGAUGACGGAGAAGUCAAAGAAAGCCAACAAGCAAGCACCACCAGCGCCUGGCAUUGGGGCCGCCCUCGCAGGCAUGGGCAGAAAUUUGAGUGCCAUCGGACAAUCCGCCAAGAACGGUCGUGCCUCAUCCCCCUCUCGAUCAUCAACAAAUUCGAUUCCUGGAGUCCCCCGGGCAGCGUCUCCAGCAGAGAUGAGCCCCAACUCGAGUCGCCCACGGACUUCGUUCCCCCCGAAUCAACAAUCACCUACCCAUCGGCGUGCUUCCCAUGGUCCAGAGCCCGAGUUUGAAGACUCGGAUGUGCACUUCUCGAAGCCAGCCCCAGCCCCACCAGCUGACGAUGACAGUGAUGAUGACUCUGAUGAUGGGCUGUUCGCCAUUCCCAUUGCUAAUCGAAACAAGGGCAAAGCUGCUGCUGCGAACGUGGAUGCAAAUGGCCAUGGCAAACGUCCCAGUCUUCACGUAAAUACAGAGCGAUCGAGAAAGGGCCUAUCGGUUGCCUUUAAAUCGCCCAAAUCCUUUGGCAGCGGCGUGACCCCAGACAGUAACGAGGACUCGGGUCGGCAGAAACCGACAACUCCCCGCUCUGACACAUGGGAGCCCGAAGAGAAGGGAGGGCUUGGUCGACGAAAAUCGUUCAUUGAGAAGGAUGUCUGGGCUAACCGACCCCCCACGGACGCCCUUAUCAACAAUCUCGACGACUUCUUCCCCAACUUGGAUCUUGACCAACCUGUUCUUGAUGAGCCUGGCGAGAGUGGAAUGCCACCAUCUCCGAUUGCCGAGAGUUCAGAGACGAAUAUUGAUCAACUAGCUCAAAACGCACCACCACAAACAGCAGUCUCGAGUUACCCUCAACAAGCACCGCCAGCCAUCCCUCCAACUCGUCAGCCGUCUCUCUACAACGAAAACGAUACUCUUGGUUCCGAUGAAUCAACCCUAAAAGCUCUUGAUCAACAGCGACCAACUUCUGUGGCCCAGAGGAGUAUUCGACGCUCAGGUGGCCUUGGUCGAAUGAAAUCCAUCCGUGAAGUUGCUCGUGGUGCUCACGAAGCCAACAAGCGAACCAAUUCAACCAAUCAAGGACAGACGGCAGCCACGAACAUCAUGCGCCGAAAGAGUACCAAAAUGUUCAACGCCAACAUUGUGCAAAUUCGACCAGACAGGCGUGGUAGUGUUGUCAUGCCCCAAAUUCCCCAAGACACAGUACCGAAGCGACAGACGACAUUUAGGUGGUUCAAGGGUCAGCUUAUCGGCAAGGGUACUUAUGGCCGUGUCUACCUCGGUAUGAAUGCCACUACCGGAGAGUUUUUGGCCGUGAAGGAGGUUGAAGUCAACCCCAAGGCUGCUGGCGGAGACAAGAACAAGAUGAAGGAGCUUGUUGCCGCUCUCGAUCAAGAGAUCGACACUAUGCAGCAUCUAGACCAUAUCAACAUCGUGCAGUACCUGGGUUGCGAGCGAAAGGAAACCAGCAUCAGCAUCUUCCUUGAGUACAUUUCCGGUGGUAGCAUCGGAUCUUGUCUGCGAAAGCACGGCAAGUUCGAAGAGUCUGUAGUCUCUUCACUGACGCGACAAACGCUCUCAGGUCUUGCUUACCUGCACAGAGAGGGCAUUCUACACCGUGAUCUCAAGGCUGAUAACAUCCUGCUCGAUCUGGACGGUACUUGCAAGAUCAGCGAUUUCGGUAUUUCCAAGAAGACAGACAACAUCUACGGCAAUGAUAAGACCAACUCAAUGCAAGGCUCGGUCUUUUGGAUGGCACCCGAAGUGAUUCGGUCCCAGGGCGAAGGUUACAGUGCCAAGGUAGAUAUUUGGAGCUUGGGCUGCGUGGUUCUGGAGAUGUUUGCUGGCAAACGCCCUUGGGCUAAGGAGGAGGCUGUCGGCGCUAUCUACAAGAUCGCCAACGGUGAAAGACCUCCCAUCCCUGAGGACAUCCAGGAUACCCUUGGCCCGUUGGCCGUGGCUUUUAUGAUGGAUUGUUUCCAAGUAAACCCGUUCGAUCGUCCUACGGCAGAUGUGCUCCUCUCGCAGCACCCGUUCUGCGAACUCGACCCCAAUUACCAAUUUUAUGACACAGCGUUGUAUCACAGGAUCAAGUCAUUCAAAUAA